ACAGUCAGUACUAAACCCUAUCUCUGAUUGGGUAGGAACAGCUUUCAAGAUGUCUGCGGCCAUGGUAGAGCAUGUUGUUGCUGAUGCUGGAGCUUUCCUUAAGAAUGCACCUUUACAGGACAUUGGGAAGAACAUUUAUACCAUUAAAGAAGUUGUGAAUGAAAUCCGUGAUAAGGAAACAAAAAAAAGACUUGCCUUUUUACCAUACACUCUUCAGUUCAAGGAUCCCUUUUCGGAGUUCAUUCAAUUAGUGACUGAAUUCUCCAAAAAGACAGGGGAUUACCCAAGCUUGUCAGCUACAGACAUCAAGGUUUUAGCCUUGACCUACCAGCUUGAAUCAGAACAUGUGGGAAUCAACCAUCUGAAACAAGAACCAGAAAUAAAAGUCCAAGUGAGCAGCACUCGACAACAUCCAGAGGCCCCUGUAAAUAUUGCUGGAUUUCAUCUACCUUCAAAGCAGAAGCACCAAGAAAAUGCUGCUGGAAUCGGUUCCACACAGUCACAGACCCCAGAGAGCUCAGAGUUCAACACCUUCCAGUUCUGGAGGAAUCCACUGCCCAGCAUAGAAGCUGAUCUAUUAGAGUUACAGAAUGCUGAGUUAGUGUCAGUAGCAGACAGCUCCACAGGUGUAGGGGAUCAUCUUUCCAGAAAGAGUCAUCAAGGGGAUGAGGACUCUAAAGAAAGGAGUGAAGAGGAAGAAGAAGAAGAAGAGGAAAAGACAGGGGAGGCUGGUGGUGGUGAUGAUGAUGGAGGUUGGAUAACCCCCAGCAAUAUCAAAGAGAUUCAACAGGACAUGGGGUGCUGUGAAACUCCUUCCGAAAUGCAAGUUGGGUGUCUGACUACAGAUUUCGCCAUGCAGAAUGUUCUCAUUCAGAUUGGGCUCCAUGUGCUGUCAGUCAGCGGAAUGUUAAUCACGCAAGCCAGGAGUUACAUCCUGCGGUGCCACGCAUGCUUCAAGACCACGUCCAACAUGACAAAAGUCUUCUGCCCAAACUGCGGGAAUAAAACCUUGAAGAAAAUUGCAGUGACGAUAAAGGAGGACGGCAGUUUCCAGAUGCACUUCUCACGCAACCCCAAGGUGCUGAAUCCCAAAGGAAUGCGGUACUCCCUGCCAAAGCCCCAGGGUGGGAAGCAUGCUAACAACCCCCACCUUGUGGAGGACCAGCAUUUCCCACAGCAGCGGCUCUCCCGCAAGGCCCGGCAGAAGACCAAUGUCUUUGACCCCGAUUACACCGCCGGGGGGUCUCCCUUCGCAGAGAAUGACAUCUACAGCCGGGCAGCUAACCUCAGCAUCCGGGACAGCCAGUCUGGGGCCGGCCGCCGCAGGGUAAACCCCAACACCGCCAACAAGAAAUUUGUCAAGAAAAGAUGAAAAAUAAAUUCAGAAUGCAAUAUUUAUAUUCCGACUGCUUUGAUCAAUGUUAUAAAAUUAAAACUGUAUGCCGGUAAAAACAAAGGACUUAAAUCUAGAGACAAGCAAGCAAUUUUAAACCUGCAAUUUUAAAGCUCAAAGGUGUUCUCGGUAGCUAUUUAGAUUAAAAUUAUUAACAUAUCGGUACAUCUCUGCAAUUUGUAUAAGUGAAAACUGAUCAAACAGUGCUGUGUGCAGGUACUAAUUUAGUCUGUUAUUUAGUGCUGACGUGUACGUUCUUGAAUGUACAAAUCCCUCCCAAAUUCUAAUUUGGCCAGACACUAACAGCUUUGUACACCCCUGUAACAAUGUGCAAAUAGAAUUUUAUGGGGAAAUCCUACUUUACGCAGGUUUGAAGGAGAAUCUCCAUUUACUACGGCACUGAAUUUAGCACAAUGCAGCAGUGAAGCAGUGAAGCAGACAAUACUAACAGCUGUUCUGAUUAAUAGAAAGAAGGUUGUUUAUGCGAGAUGCACAGUAAUGGCUUUUUAUCUUCUGCAUUGCAGUAUGUAGAAGAGGUGUAACUUAUGUUACCAAUUUCGAAAUGAAAAGUUUGCAACCAUGACACACAUUUGUAAUGUACUGUACAAUUUACAGAGAUUGGAUUACAGCCUGUGAAAAAUAUUGAGACCUUAUUCCAAAUCGUUACAUUCAAGCAAUAAAAUGUUUUAAGCAUG